AUUUAUUAUAAUAUUUACAUCUAUCGAACUCGGCACAAUAACGAAGUUACUGUUCUUUAUUCCAAUAUAAUAAUACGAAAUGUUUGGAUCGAUCGUGACAACCGUUGUAAUGGAUGGUUGAUCGAUGCAAAAUGUUAAUUUAUUAUUGUCCACUAUAGUUCGUCGACGGAUUUACGUUCUCACAACUCGAGGCGAAUAAAAUCUUUUCGCAUGUUAUUAUGGAUCCCACGUCGUGUUCGACCGUAUCGGACGAACACUUGCAAGACCUUACCAAUAGAACGAUAUCCAUACUCCGGCUGCCGACCCGGGAACGAUUGUCGUGCAUGCUGAACGCCAAGAAAGUCAUUCCUUCGCCCGAAAACAUUCCCAGAGAUUGGAGAGGAUUGUGCACACUUUUGAAUUAUACGAUACCAUCAGGAUGUGAUCCAACCGACCCGAUUGGCAAGAUAUUCAAGUUUUGUGAAGCAAAAACAACUAUAGCACAUUUUAUACAGUGUCUACAACGAAUAGACAGGUAUGACGUUGUGGAAGAGACAGAAGAAUUAAUCAUUUCUGAUAUUAAAUAUUUUAAAGAACAAUGUUCUUUAGCAAAUCCAACACCAAUAGUACCUAAUGAUUUCGACAUCAAUAUUAUUACUUUAGAUGAUAUAAAUGCAUCCAACAAUGGUCUUCCUCUUUCGAGAUAUGAUGCUUUUUUACUGUAUGAUAAAGCAGAUAUACAAUCAGCUACUGCUGUAGUAGAAAAAUUAGAAACUGAUUAUAAGCUUAAGCUAUGCUUAAAAGAUCGAGAUUUAAGACCAGGUGUUAUGUUUGAGUAUCAGUCUAUAAUAAAGUUGAUAUCUGAUCGCUGUAAUUGGUUGAUCAUUAUAGUAUCAAAUGAUUUUUCAAACAGCCCUUGGAAUAGAUUUAUUAUGAAUUACAUACAAUCGUUAGCCAUUGAACAACGGUUACCUAAAAUUAUCCCAUGCGUUUUUGGUGAUUGUAUAUUACCUCAAGAACUCAAAUGUUAUGUCCACUUAUUUUUUAAUAAACAAAAUCCUUUUUGUGACCCGUGGAACAAAUUAAGAAUUACUGUAUCACCUUAUAAGAAUCUAGCAUUGACCAACAGUGUGGAGAUAAGUAACAGUUAUCAGAAACUAAAAAUUGAAGAACACACAAAUCCUAGUACUACAGUUGUUGAAAGAAAUGAAGUGAUAAAUUUUUCUAGUGAAGAACAUGAUUUGAUGCCUAAAACUAAAAAUGUUUUUGAUAGAUUUGUAAAAACUGUUGGAAAUAUUUCUAUUAAAGUUGUUCCUCAAAAAUGGAGUAAAAAAAAUAAAAAAAAAGUAAAAUGUACUAGUCUUUAACUCAGUUUUCUUGUU